GUAUCGAGUGGGAUAAGAGCCUGGCAUGGAUCAAUUGAAACGAUCAUUUGGAUUGGGAUGGGAAGCUUACUCGAAGACUUACCUCCCUUACAAUAAACAUUAGGCUCCUGAAGUGGCCAAAUUCUUGCCAGGUACUAAAAUGAUGAGUAAAUUGAGGUCCUGGAGAAUAUAAUGUACGUCAAGACCUGGGUCAACACAGAUAUUAGUUUUAAUUGAAGGGCAAAGGGAAGAUGUUCAAUGAUCAAAGGGAGAAUGGUGUUCCUGGGCCAGAGACAUACUAACCUCAAAUUUCAUUGAUUGUUCCUAAUCGAUUUUCAGUAAAGAAAUACAUAGAAGUGAAAUUAGAAAAUCUCUUAGGGGAUAGGUGAGAAGAGGAGUCCAUUUUAAUCUUUGAGUUUCACUCCUGGACCUGGUAGAUAUGAGUAGAAUUCGGCAUUUGAUAGGGUUUCCAAGAAGAGAGAAUUUAUAACGAAACCAGGAGAGAAGAGACCAUUCAUUUGAUUUAAAAAUACACUUCAUUUGUAUGUGUGG